AUGGCGAUGCUGUUCAUGUUGAUCCCAAUUUUCUUCUACCUGUCGAUUCUGUGGAUCAAAGAGCAGGACCUGGAUGCCAAGUGGAGGCCAGAUCGCGACUCGCUACUGUUCGGCCGGAAGCCCCUGCCUGCUCCCCUGGAGAGGACAUGGAUAUCGAGCUACAAGCUGCCUCUACGAACGCAGGGCCGGAAUAUUGUCGACGCCGAGGGCCAUCGAUUUAAACUGUCCUCGAUCAACUGGUAUGGCGCCAGCGACGAGCUCUUCGUUCCCGGCGGCCUGGACGUUCAGCACCGGAGCGCUAUUGCCGAGACGAUCAAGAAGCUGGGCUUCAACAGCGUGAGACUUCCCUAUGCGGAUGAGCUGGUCAUGAAGAACCCCAUCAUUGAGCCCCGUCUGGUGCUUGCAAACCCGGAUCUGGAGGGCCUCCACGCCAUGGAUGUGUUUGAGGCAGUGACGACCGCCCUGACGGAUGCUGGCAUUGCUGUCAUUAUCAACAACCACAUCACACGCGCUACGUGGUGCUGCGGGGCGGAUCCUUGCGAUGCUGGCUGGGCCAACGAUCACCUGGGGUCGCUGUGCCGGGUCAAGCAGACGGAAGAGGAAUGGAUACAGCAUUGGGAGUCGGUCAUGGAGCGGUUCGUGCACAACCCACUGGUCAUUGGGGCUGACCUCCGCAACGAGGUCCGGGGCCUCUGGGGAACAAUGCCAUGGUCCAAAUGGGCGGCUGCGGCAGAGAAAUGCGGCAACCGGCUGCUGAAGAUGAAGUCGGACUGGCUCAUCGUCGUCGAAGGCACCGAGUCAGCCAACGAUGUUUCGGGCGCCAGAGAACGGCCGGUCCAGCUGGACGUGGAUAACCGCCUCGUAUACUCUGCCCACGGCUACAAGUGGUCAGGCUGGGGCAGCUGGGACGGCCGAUUCGCUCAGCGAAGCUACAAGUCGUUUGUCAAGACGAUGCGCCACAACUGGGCAUAUCUCCUUGAGGGCGACGUUGCACCAGUCUGGUUUGGCGAACUAGGCGCACCAAACGAUCCUUCUGUUGGAGAUGUGCAUUACUGGAGGAAUCUGCUAAAGUAUCUCAAGUCCAUCGACGCGGAUUUUGGCUAUUGGGCUUUGAAUCCGCGCAAACCGAAGGACAACGCGAGAGAGUCUUACUCGUUGAUGCACGAUGACUGGAUCACACCCGUGCUGGAUUACAGAAUGAAGGAUUUGCUGGAGCUUAUGAGGCAAUGA